AUGAACAAAAAACCAUCACGACAUCAUUGUUACAAUAUAAAUCAAUGUCUUGAACAAAUUGAUAAUCUAUCUGCCAUUACAAAAGCUACAGAUGCCAUUAAUAAUUAUUAUUUCCACACUUUGAAUAAUGCAACCCAUCGAAGUGAUGGAUUCUGGAACAAUUUUACUGAACAUUUUGGGGCUUAUACACUAUAUAAUACCCUUCCCUAUUCUAGCUCUGAUAUCGCAAGUUCACACAAUGCUGAUCACCAGGAAUGUUUUAUAUGGGGGCCAUUUGCACCAAGACCUUUUGGGGUUUUUCCAAUGAUUGCUAUUAAUUACAAUAUUAUUAGUGAUUAUCAUUGGGACGCAAAAGAUGAGGCAAAUUGUUUCUGUUGUCUUGUCAUUUUAGGAGAUUUUGAAGGUUGUGAACUAUGUUUUCCCCAGCUCCAGAUUGUGGUGGUGGUUCAGCCUGGGCAAGUUGUUGCAUUUUCCUCACAUUUUCUACUUCAUGAUGCAAAGGGUAACGUUAACAAUCCUCAACAAGACCUCACUGAUACUAAGGGGUUAAACAACUUGACCACACUUACCAAACCAAAAGCAUUCCAAAUUCGUAUCUCAUCUGCAUCAUCUGAUAACAGACAAAGGGGUGUAGAUUUGGCACAUGCUUGUCAAGGCCUAAAGGCAGAAGAUCUGCUACCUAAUUCAUAA